CACCCCAGGCAGCAGCUUCAAGGGGACAGACGCAGCUUGAGUUCUGUCUCUCAUGUGAACACUGCUCCUGGUGGCCCCGUAUAGCUGCUGCUAUUACUGCAGGAAUAGGAAGAAGAAGGAGGUAGAGGAGCUUGGUUUGUCUGACCUUGGUGCCAGAGCUGGGGAAUGAUACAACUCACUCUGAGAACCAUGCUCAUUUCUCUUUGGGAAAAAGCCCCACUACAGACCCUCCUUCUCCUCUCUGCCUUCCUCGUGAUCCUGGCACAGUAUCUACAAAGGAGGAGGCGGCAUCUCAACUACCCCCCUGGUCCUCCUGGGUUGCCCAUAGUGGGCAACUUCUUCCAGUUGGACUUUACAAACCACCAAAAUAUAUUCCCAAAGCUUGCCAGGCAAUAUGGAAAUAUUUUCUGCACACGUGUUGGGAAUUUUACCUUUGUGAUGGUAUCUGGAUUGCCACUGAUCAAGGAGGUCCUAGUCAACCAAGACCAGGUGUUUAUUGAUCGUCCAGAUUUUCCCAUCCACUCCCAUGUCUUUAAAACAUUUGGUUUAGUAAUGUCUAAUGGCCAAGGGUGGAGACAGCAAAGAAGAUUUGCUCUAAUGACACUAAGGAACUUCGGUUUGGGAAAGAAGACCCUGGAAGAUCGAAUCAAGGAGGAGGCCAGGUAUCUCACUGAGGCUAUUGAGGAAGAAAAAGGACAGCCCUUUGACCCCCACUUUCAGAUCAACAAUGCUGUUUCUAACAUCAUCUGCUCCAUUACUUUUGGACAUCGCUUUGACUACCAUGAUUCUCAGUUUCGGGAGAUGCUGAAGACUUUGGAUGAUAUCAUGGUGCUUCAAGCCAGAUGGGAGUGUCAGCUCUUCAAUGUUUUUCCUGGGAUAAUGAAAUUCCUGCCAGGAGCUCACCUCAGAUCCUUUAGAAAAUGGAAGAAGCUGGAGUCUUUUGUAAAACAUGUGAUCAAACAACAUAAAGAAGAUCUAAAUCCAGACGACACCCGGGACUUCAUUGAUGCUUACCUGAAGGAGAUGUCCAAGGAAAACAUCCAUUCUAGUUUUCACGAAGAAAACCUGGUCUUUUGCACCUUGGACCUCUUCUUGGCUGGAACAGAGACAACUUCGACCACUCUAAGGUGGGCCCUGCUGUAUAUGGCUCUUUAUCCAGAGAUCCAAGGCAAAAUACAAGCUGAAAUUGACAGGGUGGUUGGCCAAUCAAGGCAGCCCACCAUGGCGGAUAAGGAGAAUAUGCCCUACACUAAUGCAGCCAUUCAUGAAGUUCAGAGAAUGGGUAAUAUUGUUCCUUUCAACGUGCCCAGGGUGGCCAUAGUUGAUACCACAGUGGCAGGAUACCACGUGCCAAAGGGGGCCAUACUGUCAACCAACUUGACUGGCUUGAACAGGGACCCCAAUGAGUGGGCUACCCCAGAAACCUUCAACCCAGAACAUUUUCUGGAGAAUGGACAAUUUAAGAAGAGAGAAGCCUUUCUGCCUUUCUCAAUAGGAAAGAGGGUCUGCCUGGGAGAACAGCUGGCUCGAACCGAGCUCUUCCUUUUCUUCACCUCCCUGCUCCAGAAAUUCAAGUUCCAGGCUCCCCCAAACUCCCACCUGAGCCCGAAAAUCCGAUAUGCGUCAACCCUCUCUCCUGCCUCCUACCAAAUCUGUGCCCUUCCUCGAGUGAAGUAGGCCAAGCUAGGCCUGUAGGGUGGUCUGCCAAGGGGGGCAUGGGGAAGGCAUCCUCAUCCCCUAAGAUCGUCAGCCCUUCCUUUUGUAGCUUAAAUGGAGAAAGGGAGAGAAGUCAAAGAGGCAAGAAGAGAGAGACAAAGGGAAGGUAUCUGUGGCGCAAUUCAAAGUUUCCUGCUCUGAAGAAGAAAAGCACUUAUGCUAUCAAAAGGAAAGCACAAGGAGUCCCUAUUGAACUUGGAGUCCAAGGACCUGGGUUCAAAUUCCAGCCUUGACACUUACUAGCUGGGUGACCUUUAGCAAGUCGUUUGAACUUCUGCCUCAGUUUGUACAUAUAAAAGGAAGAGGAUCUCUAAGGUCCUCUCCAGCUUAAAAUCUAAAACCUUGUGAUGCUACAAAGAGAGAACCAAAGUUUUUCCUCCUCGACCUCAAGCAGUGGGGCCAGAUUCAUUCUCUGUUUAGUAAAUUAUUGCUCUCCUGAUCUUAUAAAUCAUGUCAUGAAUGUGAUUUUAAGGCAGGGUUCAGAGAGUUUACAUAAGUUACAGGAGGCAUACACAGGUUGAUGAGGACAAUCCUUGGAAAUGCUUAUAGAUUAAAAACUCCUUGUGGGCAGAGACUCAUAUCUUUGGAUCUACUGCAUCCAGCCCAGUGCCUGAUGUGGAGAAAAAAACAAUAAAUAUUGCUGAUCGUUUCAUCUCUAACCCACUCACUUUCAUAUUCAUUACUUCCAUUGACUUUCACUCUAGGAGCUAGGAAUGCCUAUGCAUUCAGCAUUGCUAAUUUGUUAAAGUUCCUUAUUCCUGUAAAGGUUCCCUGUUAUUUUCAGAGAUGCUUACACAAGGUACAUUUCCAUGCUGGUAAAGGAAACUUUUGUAAUACCCCAGCCAAUCAGAAAGUUGUAAAGGCAGAUGUGAAUCAAUGUGCUCAAUGUUCUUCAUUUAUCAUUUGUGCUUCUCUUUCUAAUGUUCCUCCAUUAUACCCAUUAAAAUGCCGUGUGAAUUCACAAUGAGGUCCUUGUAUCAAAUGAGGUGGUCUCAGACCCAUUUCAUUGGUAAAUCUCUAGCCAUUGCUAAUAAAACAAUCAUGUCUGAAACUCA